UUGCUCGCUUGAAUGACAUUGAUUCAGAAGAAACGCUCAUUGAAGGACGUCAGCAGACUCAAGUAAAGGUCUAUCACACUCACUACAAGUCUUGAUUUAAGAGAAACUACUAUAAGGACACAAGAAAGUUAGGUCUAUUAGAAAACUGAAUGCACUUGGCAUCCGUGAAUGUCCACUUUUUCCCGUGUUCCUCUGGAUGGACGACAGCUCAACUGGCCCUUCGUCACUGUGGCGCCUGGCUGAGAGGAGGAGCAGGAAGGCUGGCUCUGGAAACAUUUUCAGCAAUGUGAAUUUGUGGCAGCUGCAGAGGCUGUUUAGGGCAGCAGGAGACCACGAUGCAGAGCAGAGAGCCAAGCUGGUUUGGGGACUCGGAGAUGAGGCAGACCUGGCCCAGGCCUUAAUAGGACUGAGAGCUCGAAGUCACCGCAAAAGGCUGCGGACUAAUGAGAGGAGUGCACUGGGUUCACACUGGCUGCAAGCCUUCAGUCACCUCAGGAUUGAAGAAAUCUCGUCGGGCAGCCAGGUUCAGGAGGCAGAUGAAGAGAGCGAUUUUGUGUCAAGGUCAGAGUCCCACAGACAAGUUUCAGGAGAGUCAGAAGGAGGAUCGGGAACUGCAGAGGCACUACCAGAGAGCCAAUGCCCUGAGGGGACAGCCGAGAGACCGGUUCCAGUCAGCUCGGGGCUAAGGAGAGGAGGAGAAAGCAAUCCUGACAGAUACCUUCAUCAAAUACUCCACUAAAAAUGACGAGACAUCAACACUAAACGUGGACAAAAAAAAACGAGGUUUCAAUGUUGCAUUGUUUUUGGCCUUGUGAGAACAAAAACAUUGAAAUGUUACAUUAAAAUAGCAGAUAGACAGUGGUCCCACAUGUUUUACAGCUCAAUGAAACGGACACUUAUAAUGGCCAAGAUUUAAGGAGAUGGAAGAAAUAAUGUUUCUAUUGGACAAAGUCUCUUUGUUGUAAGAAAAUGUAACACAACUCUGUUAGUUUAUCGGGAUCCUCCUGAGUCUACCAUGACGCCACAGACCCAGAACAGAGAGCAACUCCUCAUGUUCAUUUCCACCCACAAAUGCAAGACGAAACACGGUUAUUUAAAAAAGCAUUUCCUAUUUUGUGACUGCUGAUUCCCUAAUAUCCAAGAAAAGCCAGCUGCUACAAACAGAUGUGUAGAAACAUGGUUAAACGCUUGAAAAUGCUGACCAAAGUUUGUGUUUAUGCCUCAAUUGUUUCACAAAAAAAAUACUUUCAACUCUAGGUCAAGCUUUAAAAAUACUUUUUAUGAACUUACUGAACUAAUAUCUUCACUUCCUGCACCAGAAAAGGCCAAAUAUGUACUUAUGCAAAGAAAUCGACUUGAAAAUGUGUUAAUUUUCCUGUUAAAUCUUUUAUGGAACUAAAUAAAUUUGUCAAAGUUUAAA